UGCCGCUGUUCUUUUACUGAUGGUCUGUGUGUGAUAUGAUGCAAUCUGGACCUAGAUCGAGGGCAGAGGACAUUGAAAAAACUGAGCAGGGAAGUCUUAGAGAGGAAAUGGGGGUGGCACAGGACAAGAUGGCGCGUGAGGAAGACCUGCCCGGCUCCGAGCAACAGCAUCUCAUACCCGAGAUGAAGGAUAUGGCAACAUCAGGACGGGAGGAGGAGGCGCCGUUAAUACCGAGAACAAGGGAGGUGCCAACAACGACAACGAGAGGAGGGGAUAACGAGGAGGAGGAAAUCCAUGAGGCUGAGGAAGAGGAGAGGAGAGGCGGUAUUCCCAUCUCCACAGUUGCUCAGGUUCCAGGCGGAGAAGAAGGAACAGCAGGUGGAGCCAAGCAAGGACGAGGUGGCCGUGCCACCUCCCCCUCUCCCGAUCCAACCUAUCAGUCCUUAGAAGAUUUUCUGCAGACGCCUGAGGCGAGUGAAAUGCGCGGACUGAAGCCUGGCUUUGCCGCGCCAGAGCCACUGGACGAGCCCCUCAACGUUAUGCCGUCUGUCAAGCUGACGAUCGACAGAGCAAAGGAGUACGUCCAGGACGCAUCCCAAACAGCGACCGAGAAGUUGGUCAGCGGAUUGGUGUCCGUGAAGGAUGUUUCCGCCAAAGCGAUUGGUGAAAUGAAGGAGAAGGCCAUGGGUACCGGAGAGGUAGCGAAGGAGAAGGUGGUGGAGGGUGCGAGCGGGACGAAAGAGACCUUGGAACACCUCAAGGACCGCGCGGUGGAGGGAGCGGAAGAGGUUGCAGAAGGGGUCAAGGACAAGGCCCUUCAUGUGAAAGAGGCUGUGGCCGCAAAGCUCGCCUCCGCUAGUACUCGCAGCAGUGGUCAGUUGGAGGAAGAAAGGGUUUCUCCUCGUCACAGGGUCAUGUCUGGUCCUCCUCCUGGGUUUGCCGCCCCCCCAAAAGUCGAAGGGGAAGGUCCGACCAUCGGGGAGGUGCUGCAGAAGGUGACUGAUCGCUUGAUGAAGACGAGUCUGACUGAGGCUGUGAGGAAGACAGUUUCGACAGCGACGGAUGCAACAACUGAGGGCGUGGAAACGGUGAAAGAACGGUCUGCCGAGACUCUCGAGGCAGUGAAAUCGAAGGUGGGCGAGACCAAGGAUGCGUUUAAAUGUAAGGGAGAAGAGGCGAAAGAGGCACUGAAAUUGAAGGGUGAAGAGGCAAAGGACAAGGCCGCGGAGAUGGCUGGGAGUUUGAAAGAGGGCACGCUGGAGAAGAAGAGGGAGGUGGAGGAGGGUGCGAAGUCGAAAACAGCUGAGUUGGGUGAGAAGAUCGAGGAGCUGGGAGAAAAGAUACAAGAAAAGGCGGAGGGGUAUAGUAAGGAGCAUGCAGAGGGUGCUCACCAGGGUUUGGAAAGGAAUUCGCAGCGAAGGACAGAGGUUGCCGAGCCGGCUGCAGGGAGGGAAGAAGAGGAGGAGGGGGAGAAGCAGGAACUUCAAGGCGCGCCAGCUGUGGACGUCGGUCACUCUGCAGCUGAAACGGAGAUGGCGACAAAAGUUGAAAAGGACCCGGUCCCAACGUAGGGUUGACCAUUUCAAAGGUUGCGAUGUAGAGUUUGACCAAGAGGUUUUUCGAACGUAUCCGAGUCUGACGCUCCGGACGGAUCCGGACGGUUGUGGCAUUAAGUUCGACCAGGAGGACGGUCGGAAGGUGCGGAGUUUUUGGCACUUCCCUGGUCCCCAUAACAUAAAGUUUGACCAUCCGGACGGUCGCGGCAUUAAGUUUGACCAGGCAAGGACAGCCCAUGACAUAAGUUUGACCAUCCGGACGGUCGCGACAUACAGUUUGACCAGGCUAGGACAGUCGGGAGAAGCAGUUUUCGGCUUUUCCCUGGUCCAGGUGAUGUAAGUUCAACCAUCCCUAGAUUCCCGACUGCAUUUGAUUGGCAAUAAAGUUUGACCAGGAGAGGAAGGACGGAAGGUUUGCACUUUGAAGUUUUCGGCACUUCCCGACCGGUGACCAGGCGAGGACAGUCGGCAGGGUGAUGAAGUUCGACCAUCCCGACUCAGCCGACUGCAUUUGAUUAGCAACAAAGUUUGAGUAAGAGAGGAAGGACGGAAGGUUUGAGUUUUCGGGAUUUCCCUGGACCAGGUGUGGAUCGCCUAGGUUUUUUACCUUCCCGACCGGUGACCGCAUUUGCCAUACUCAGCAUAUUGGUAGUACUGGGAGCAAAAAGAAGUGAGAGGAUAUGCACGGGAGGCUCGGGAGGGGAGUUCUGAGUUUUAUAGAUCUGACCUGAGUUUGACGACCGAUGUUAGGGGAGGACGGUAGCAAGGGCUAGGACAGGAAAUUCUCAGGAGUUUCUGGGCACACUAUGGACGAUGAUCGAUGUUAGGGAAGGAGGAGGGUAGCAAAGGGUAGGACAUAAAAUUUUCAAGUGUUUCUGGUCUGACUAUGGACGACAAGGUUUGAGGAGCCCAAGGCCAGCUGCCAGGAGGUCCAGGACUUAGCGACCAGCGCUGGUCUAGCAGGCUGGUUAAUAAUAUCAUAAGGAAUUUUUCAGUCGACAAUCAUGCGGAGAUAUAAGUGGCCAUCCUCAUAUUACAGAAAGCUCGUCGGCGCAGAGAGGUAUGGGUGGAGCAUGGGAGAAUGGCGGCGUAGGGUAGCGUAGCAUUUUGGGCCUUUUUUCUCAGCUGAAUGUGGCCAUAAACUCGACCUGAAACAUGCAUAUGGUAGGUAAUUGUGAGACGUAGCUACUAUCUGCCUGCGUAAGAAUAUCAUAAGCGAGCUGGACGCAACAAUCUUAGGACUGACAGUGGUGCAGAGACUGACAGUGGUGCAGAGAUAUACGUGGCCAUCCUCAUAGAGAAAGUUUGUCAGUGUAGACAAGGAAUGGAUGUAGUCUGCGAGAAUGAGGGCGCAGGUAGUAUUGUGAGACUUUUUUUUUAGCUGAAUGUGGCCAAAAAUUCGACCUGAAACAUGCGUGAAAGGCAAGAUUCUGAGUGAGUGCGACACAAGACUCUGAGUGAGUACGACACCACAAACUCGGUGUGAUCUCUUACGGUUUCAAAUCAGUAGAGGUGCGAGGGGAGGUCGGUCAGGUUGAUAGCUUUGGGAAGGGUAUAUAAGGCCCACAUUGAUGAGUUUUAGGCCCUUUUUUAAGGGCCAGUGUGGGUAAGGGUAUUUAGGGCUUUAGGGCCGACUAGGCCCCACUUUGAGAACGCAGUCUUAUGUUCGGCGGGAGCAACAGUGGGUAUGCAGCAGCAGGAAUGCAGGGAUCGAAACCUUUCCUAAGUAGGAAAUUCUACGGUACGCAGCAGCAGCUGCCAGGUAGCCAGGAAGUGUACGGUAUCGUAGCCUUAGGCCCUUAGAGAGUGAAGGGCACUCUUCCUAUUCUCUGCAGUUAGCGCUGACUGAGGGUGUGAAUUUGUUAGUAGACUAUAGAAAAGGGCGAAGGGUUUGCUGACUCUUAAGCGUGUAAAUUUGUUCGU